AUGGCCGACACCGAGAAUGCUGCCAUGGCGGAUUUGCCGGAGACGACCAAGUCAAGGGACAAAGUACACCACACAGUGACGGCAUGUAGGAAGACAAGGUGUGAUGCGACGUUGCCCCGCUGCGAACCAUGCGAACGAAGCAAUGCCCACUGCGAGUACUAUGAUUCCUCGAAAAACCGGACAAUCCCACGUACCUACAUUACUUCUCUGCAGGACACUGUGCGACGGCUUCAAGAGGAACUCAAGGCGUUGGAGAAGGAGGAAGACUAUGAACCCACGCAUGAGACGAUGGCGCGUUCUGCGGGACUCGUCAGCUUCAGCGAGAACGACGAAAGCCGCUUCCUAGGCCCUUCCAGUGGCAUUGCAAUUACUCGCUUCGUCAUGGAAUUUGCCAAACAGAACGCCGUCCGGCGAACGAUCAAAGAGGUUGUGCCUCAUCAGGCUGCGCAAGAAAUCAAGAAGAAAUUCGAUGCGGAAAGCGAUAAGCCUACAUCAAAGGUCUAUCCGCUGAUCAGUUCAGUCGCUGCGCCAGAUUUACCCACCCGUGAUUUGAUGGAUCGUUUGGUUGAGAUAUACAUGGUGAAAGCACAGUACAUGCUUCCCCUCCUUCACGAACCAUCCUUCCAUCGAGACCUACAGGCCGUAUACAAUGGGUCUGACGAUCCGACGCUCAAUUUCCAAGUCCGUCUCGUCACCGCUAUCAGCAUGCAGAAACUUGACAAACAAUACGCGGGUCUUGCCGAUAGCUACUAUCUUGCCGCCCUCCCAUAUCUGACAGGCGCUGUUCAAAAGAAAGAUCUCUCGACCCUCCAAUGUUUUGCUCUGAUCGCCCAGUACUCACUUCUUACUCCCACGCGAACGGCAGCCUACUGGGUAGUAGGGAUUGCGGCGAAACUGUGCCAGGAACUCGGAUUGUGUGAGGAGGAAACAAUCCACAAGCCACCGUCAGGUGCUCGGCCUAAUGCUCUCGAGGUUGAUAUGCGGCGCAGACUUUUCUGGAUCAUCACGUCCAUGGAGUACGGGCUCUCUCACAGCCUAGGGAGACCCAGCGCUUUUGGUGUGUCCAUUGACAAUAUUAAUGUGAACUUCUUCGAACUAUGCGACGAUCGAUUCAUCAGCGCCGAUGGACUGCUCCCCGGGCAUCAUCCAAUCAUGAAAAAAUGCAUCUCGAUUCAUUUCUUCAAGAUGAGGCUGCUGCAAGCCGAGAUCAGGCGCACUCUGUACCUUUGUAAACGAGACAGCCCAACGCAAGACACCGACCCAUGGUUUCACCAAAUGUUGCAGAAGAUUGACGACUGGGUUCGUGACUGUCCCCAAAACGACGAAGGAUCUGGCUUAAGCGAAGCUUGGUUCAUCGGACGCAAGAACACCAUGAUAGUCUUUAUGUAUCGUCCAUCGCCGCAGAUUCCCAAGCCGUCGCUCGAUGCCGCUCAGAAAUGCUACGGCGCGGCCGUUUUCAACAUCAAAUUACAGAAGCGUCAGGUCGAAGCAAAUCUUAUAGACAUCACCUGGAUUUUCACCCAAGCGAUCUUCAUGGCUUUGAAUACCGUUCUUUGGUGCUUGUCGUAUCCUGCAAUCCGGCAGCAGCAUCCCCUUGACGAAGUCCUCCUGCAUAUCCAAGACGCCCUCAAAGCCAUUGAGCUAUGUGCAGACCGUUGGCCCGGCGUAAAGUCGGCCCAGCAACUGUAUGAGAAUCUUGUUUCUGGAUGCUUAAAAGCCUACGAUGCGGACAAAACCGCCGAAUCCCCAGCGGCCUCUGACUACAUAAGCUCCACGACACAAGACAUCAGCUCAUCGACUUCUCAAUUUGCCAACAGUCCGGCCAGCACCACCAACACAUCGCUUCUCGGUGCUCAAUCACCCCAGUCUAUUCACAGCGUUCAUACUCAAGCAGCUGGACCAAAUUCAUUCAAGAUGUCUGCAAGUAAAUUUACCGACCAUGUCCAGCAAGGGUAUCAACCUCAGCCUGAAGCUGUCCCAUCAGCAUCUCAGCCCAACACGCUUGUAACGCAAUACAUGCCCUCCGCACUCCCUCGCCUCGAUCUCCCAGCAAUGCACUUCAGCCUGCCCGGAUUUCAGCCGCACAAUACGGCUAACUACAUCCCUACAAGUUCUCCAGGCUCCAACCACUGGACAUCCUCUCCUUUGAUGCCUGGUAUUAUUCCUGGCCUCACUGGCUCUCCCAAUAUGAAUUAUGAUGAACUACCUUAUCUAGCACCGUUUGGCCAGGAAUACUCCCGCUAUAUGCAUCAAACGUAUCCUUCUGGAUAUCAAAUGCAAUCACUUAGCGAACAGCAACAAUUGGAAUUGAUGGCGUCACUCGAAAGGAGCCAGCUCCCAGAUGUGUCGAAUCUAGCCAGCGAUGCAACUACCUUCUACAGCGCUCACCUGCCUUGA